AUGAUUCUGAUACAUUCUUUCUACGGUUUUAAUCUCAAAGAAAAUCUUGCAGGUGGUGAUAUUGGGAUAAAUUAUGGAAGAAAUGGGAAUGAUCUCUCAUCCCCAAAAGCUGUAGUUGAUUUUCUUACUAAGAAUCUAAACUAUGCUAUCCCACUGGUCCGGCUUUUUUAUGCUAAUCUUGAAGUUCUAGAAGCAUUGAGGGGCACCAAUUUGGUUGUAACUGUUGGGGUCACAAAUGAGAAGCUCACCCACAUAGCAUCAAGCCAAGAUGCUGCCAAUAGCUGGGUUAACGACCACAUCAAAUCAUUCAUCGGCCCUAACGGUGUCAGGUUCCGUUAUAUUGUUGUUGGCAACAACGCUAUCCCGGGCAUUGUCGUGUCAUCUGUCCCUCUGGCCAUGGAAAAUAUCUACCAAGCACUAAAAGCAGCAGGGUUAUCAGAUCAUAUUAAAGUUACGACAGCGCUAGCACCUAAUGCUCUAGAGCCUCUAAGCAAGUCAUACCCUCCAUCCAAUGGCACAUUUUGUGCUGCGGUUGCCAACAUCAUGUACAAAGUGUCUUGCUUUGUAUAUGGUAUAGGCUCUCCACUUUUGAUCAAUGUGUACCCUUACUUUGCCUUUGUCUCGGACCCAAUCCUCAUCUCACUAGAGUAUGCUUCAUUUCAGUGUCAAAAGCCGGUGCUUAUAGACAGUAAUUAUGAGUACUACAACCUCUUUGAUGCCAUGGUGGAUGCUUUUGUUGCAGCAAUGGCAAGGGCAGUGGGGAAGGAGGAUGUCAAAAUUGUGGUUUCUGAAACUGGCUGGCCAACUGAGGGUAAUGAGCCUUACACAAGCAUUGCUAAUGCCAACAUCUAUAACAGCAAUCUAAGGAAGCAUGUUAUAGAAAGUGGGCGCACCCCACGAAGGGCGGACUUGAAUUUGGAAGCCUACGUAUCUUCAAUGUUCAACGAGAACCAAAAACCUAAUCCAGUUGAACGAUACUUUGGUGCUUUUUAUCCAAACCUUAUUGAUGUAUACCGAUUAUGGCGUUGA